CUGGUCGUCGGUACGGGUUCCAUGGCGGCUAUUCCCGACCGCGAGCGGCGGUGGUAUUUUACUCGCGAUGUCUUGUUAAACAGUCCUUCUCGAAAAUGUCAGAUAGAACCGAGGCAGGAACUGUCCUACCGACAACAGGCCGCAAACCUCAUCCAGGAAAUGGGACGGCGUCUUCAAGUAAAUCAAUUGUGCAUUAACACCGCCAUUGUAUAUAUGCACAGAUUCUAUGUGUUUCGUUCCUUCCAGCGGUUCCCCCACAAUAAAAUUGCAGCAGCGGCGCUGUUCCUUGCCGCCAAAGUAGAAGAGCAACCCCAUAAGCUUGAAUAUGUCAUCAAAGUCCACCAUGCCUGCCAACAUCGCGGAGGUCCUGUCUUGGACACGAAGAGCGAAGCUUAUCAACAAGAAGCACAAGAAUUAGUCAUAAACGAAAGCAUUCUGUUACAAACAUUAGGUUUUGAAGUCGCCGUCGACCAUCCUCACACCCAUGUUAUUAAAUGUACACAGAUGAUUCGAGGUCGAUUCAAGAUUGCGUUUGGUUCACCCAGCAAGGACCUGGCCCAGACCUCCUAUUUCAUGGCGAACAACAGUUUACACCUGACCACCUUCUGUUUGCAGUACAAACCGACCGUGGUGGCGUGCGUCUGUAUCUAUCUGGCUGCCAAGUGGUCUCAGUGGGAGAUCAUGAGGUCCAGUGAUGGCAAAGACUGGUGGGAGUAUGUGGACCCGACCGUCACCAAAGAGCUGCUGGAUGAGCUCACGCAGGAAUUUCUGAGAAUCUUUGAGGCUUGCCCAAGUCGACUGAGGCGAAGAAUCUCAAAGGAACAAGUGGCAUCCAAGAGACGCCCUAAGGAAGGCACCUCCGAGAUUGACUCAGCCAGCACUGCCAAGCACAUACCAUCCUCUGCAGCCUCGGUCUCCUCCAUUGACAGUGGGCUGCCAGGCAGCGGCAAUUCGGAGAGCUCCAUCAGCACCCAGGAUCUGCCCGCCUCGAGCCAGGGCGAUAGCUUCUCCUCCCAGGAGGCCUCCCACGGCGAGGGGGAGGGGCUGGCCUUGCAGGAUGUCAACAUGGGCCUGCCCAUGAUGGAGACCUCCAUGUUCUCCCUCGAUACCGAGUACAUGAGCAGCACAGGUUACAAGCCCAGGCAUGGUCAGCCCAGCACGCAGCCUGAUGCCGAGCCUGGGAAGCCAGGUGAUCAACUAGGGCAUCCCGUUAAGAAGUCUUUGAAAGAGUACUGGGAGCAGAAGGAACGCGAGCGGGUGAAGAACGUGCAGCAGAGUAGGGAGAUGGCUCAACCUAGACCCAGUCAAACUGCCUCUAGGCCAAGUACUAUGUCGCAUCAAACUAGCCACUUCUCCAAGGGAGGCACGGACCUUCCUCACGCUGACCAACGAUAUCGGGGGGAAGGUUACCAUAGUCAAGGAGGUCAGAAACACAGGCCAGAAGACAGACAUAUGCCCCCAGAUCUCAGGAGAGCAGAGAAGCCCCCUGGCGAUCGCCAAGAACAGUCGGGUGGCCACUCUCAGGCCAAGAGUUCUGGAAGACCAACAGACCUCAGACCAAACAGAGACCAAAGACCGCAUUCGCAGCACAGGCCUCAUGAUCCGGGCAGUCAACCCAGCCAAGGUGCUAACGUCUCAGACUCCAGGUACUCCAAGAGCACAGACCAGUAUCACAAACACAGCCGCCACUCGCUUCCAAGUGGCUCAUCAGACAGGAAGCAGCAUUCGGGUUCAAGUGUGCAGGGAAAGGAACACAAGAGAAAUGGCUUCGAGAGUAGAGAUCAUGGUGCUAACCCCAGACUGCCAGAAAACAAUACCAGGUUACCCAGUUCUGCCCCACCACCCAAACCACAUCUUCCUGUAUCCCAAAGGCCCCAUCACACAGAAACUCCAAAUGCACACAGUUUGGAAAAACUCCCAACCUCAGAUCUACCAGGCAAGGCCCAUGCAGAGAUGCUAAGACUGUCGAAAUCUGAAAUGUACAGAUCUCAGCGGCCCGAAAACCAAGGAAAUGUGAAAUCUGAGAAGCACAGGACACCAUCGGCCGAGACACUUCGAAUUCCGAAGUCUCAAUCGCUUAAACCACAGAGAUCAGAGACUCCCAAAGGCACCCCAGCUGAGAAGGAGAGGACACAGCCAGCUAUUCCACCCCUGGUCCCUGUUGAUGUCAAGAAAGAGCAGCGAUCAGCCGUGGAGACUCAGAGAGCAGAACUGCCACAGCCAAUUGACCAGGAGCUUCCAAAACCCCAGAGACCCGAACGAGUGUUGAUACAACAACCAGAAUUGGCCAAGGUUGACAGAAGAGUGGCAUCGGUGUCUGUUAAACAUGAGCCGUCAGAGGUGGUAAAGACCGAGGGCAUGUUUUUGCAUAGAUCUGACACUGUAAUGUUGAGUAAAAAGGAAGUGUCUGGUACAAAGAGUGCUGGGGUCUCUAAGACUGAGGCUCCUAAAUCGCUUAAAUCUGAUCUGCUAUCCAAGUCCCAUAAAACCGAAGAGUCAAGGUUACCACGAACUGAGACUCACACUGUUACACAGAAAGUGGAGAAUGUGAAACAGCUAACUUCUGACAUGUCGAGAAGUAAGGAGGCAGAAGUACAUCACGCUCAGAAGCCUCAACAGCUAAGGGCAGUAAAGACUGAGCCGGGGACUCCAGCAUUGCAAACAGGGGCAGAAAAAUCGGAUGUUACAAGGGCACAAAAGGUGAUACCACUGUCCCAGCCUCUUAGACCAGAAACACUAAAAAAGCAGAGCAUUAAACAAGGACAGGGACAAACACAAAGACUUUCAACACCAAAGUCACAAAUCCCUCAGGUUAAUCAGGAUAGAUCACUGUUGGAUAAGGACAGUGGCAUGACCUCAACAAAGCUGUUGGCCAAGUCCCAGAAGAUUUCCAUUCCAACUGUGCAAGGCCAGGUCUGUGUCAAGCUGGAAACCCCGGAUGUAGUUGCGCCACCAAAGCCAGCAACCCACAGAAAGCCCCCGAUGCCUCCGGCUUCAAAACCAGAAGCGCCUGUGCCAGCCAAGCCCAUUGCACACUCAUCUGAGAAAGUUACAGUGGCCAAAUCAAAGCCAGGGACAAUUACCUCAGAGAGUCCCGAGAAAGCCAAACCCCAAAAGGCAGAAACAGUGACUCCCCAAAAGACAGACCAGCAGUCCAAGCCGCAAACACCAAAAUCUCAGAAAUCAACAACUCCAAGGUCUCGGGGGUCACCUGGUGUUGCAGCUGAACAAGUGCCCAAGCCACCAAAGAUUGUCGAAGCACCCAAAGCCAAAGUCGAUCCUGGCAAAGCUUCCUUGCUAAAUGUUGUGUGGGAACCUGCAAAGCCUCUCGAAGUACUAAAACCUGGAGUAUCUGAUGAAAUGGCUGACAGUGAGUCUGUCGAUGCUGACAUUGAUAAACUGAUUAAUGCACACAUGGCAGAGCAAUCCAAAUACCAGUGUCAUGAGCCUCCUCCAAUUUUGGACCUGAAGCCCACUGUGCCCCCAGCCCACACCUCUGAACCCAGGGAACGGAAACGGGAAAGAGAUGAGAGCUGUCUCCCUAAGAGUUACAGGGAAAAGGAAAGCCACCACAGAAAGAAGCGAAGUGAGGCUCACAGGUCGAGAGACUCACCUCACAAACAUCGCCAUUCCUCAGACCACAGGAAGAGGUCCCGUGCAGAGGCAGAGGGCUUGCAAAGCUCAGUCCAGCCCCAGGCCAGUGCUACUGAGGAGGCCGAGGACACGCAGCCUCAUUCGUCCAUCCUGACUACCUCGAGCGGCAUCAGGCUGAAGAUUAAAGGUUUGUCCAACUCAAUGAACAGCGGGACGGCCAAAAAGAGUCGUCGCCCGAGACCAGCAGGCAGACCAGCUCGCCGGGGUUGGUGAUGAAGCUGAGUCUGUCCAAAGGGCAGGCAGCCUACACCAAUUCGGACUACUGUCCAGAAGCAGAACAAGGGUCUGACAAGUCCAGCGGUCAUCGCCGCCACCACCACCACAAACACCACAAGCACCACCACAAAUCGAGGAGUCACCUACGGGGUGACGAUGGCAGCCACAAAUCUCACAAGAGAAAGAGGUCGCACAGUCGAUCCGACUCGGUGUCUUCGGGAGGGAGGGACCCAUCCCCCGCCGCAUCCUCGCCAGCGAAGAAAAGAGCACACGGCAGGGAGAGCCGCCCGCAUCCCAAAUCCCUCCUGCCCAGCGACCAGUCCUUGCUGAGUCUGCCCAUGCCGCCAAUGGAUCUUGCUUCCGGAUACACCGGUUAUGACGGUCACAACGCCGCUUCCACAGGCCAGUUCUACAGUACACACGACUUCUCUCACCACGCACCCCUGACAACAGUGACUGCGUUACCAUCAUCCGAGGGCUUUGGGUACCCGUACUCCUUCAACCAAUCAUCCAAUGACCAUCCACCCCCUCCUCCACCUCCCCCAAGGGAGGACCUGCCCCCUCCUCCACCGCCCCCGCCUGUUUGAGAGUGACGUCAGCUUGUUACAGUAUUUUUGGACAUUUCUUUCUCUUGCACAGUUGUGACUUGCUUGUACAAGAGCAGACACAAGGAAGUCAUCUUGAAUGUUGUAGUAUUUCCCUGUAAUGUGAUGGUUAAAUGUUUAUUUGGAGUCUUUGUUGAAAGAUCCGCUGUCAAUCAAUUGUUAAGAGUUGCCUUCUUUCAAUGUAAAUGGUUGAUGAGAAAGCGUUUUGUAUUUUUGCUUUUGCAUUCUUGGUUUCACAAACGAAUACUUUUCUAGACAUUAACAUGUAUUGGGUUUAUAUACCGAACUAUAUAACUAAAAAAAAAGAGGAUUACUCAAGGAGUUUGAAUGUAAAGGAGGAAAGAAGUUAAAUAUGUGAAAAAAAGUAGGCAGUGUAGUAUGUUUUUUAAUUAUUCACAAAUUGAUGUCUUCUUUAAAUUCAGUUUUCAGGUUUCGGGGAAAACUUACACAGCAGUGAGCAGGAAGUAACUGCAUGGCAAAUUUGUCUGUUUGUAAUCAUGUCCACUUUCUCAGUUGGCAAGACUCGUGCAACUUUCAGCUCUCAUGAAACUUGGAUUCAGUACAAGCCAUAUGUCAUGUCUGGAGAUGUUUGACCUAAACUAGUGUGCUGAGAAUGGUUGCAAUAUGUCUUAUCCCUGCAGUGCUGUGUUCGAGUCCUUCACAAGUCCAUCACAAGUUGUUCAGUCUUAAGCCAAUUCACAAGCUAUUCAAAUGAGCUGUGACGAGCAUUCUUCUGUCAUUGUUUACCCUGUUAGUUAUGACUGGCCUUGUGAAGGGACUUGUGAUGGACUCUAAUACAACACUGAUGCCCAGCUCAUCAACCCGAAUGAGACGUGCUCGGUUGUUAGUGAGAAUUGAGAAAAUAAUUCACAUCCUUCUGACAUUCCAAAUCCAGCUUUCCAAUUUGAGUCCAUAUACAUCUUGCCAAGUCUAGUGAGAUCUCCCCCUCCCCAAAAGAAGACAACAUGGAACUUGAAAUUAUUCAGCAACCAAUAAUGGAAUGCAAAAGGCCUGUUAACCUUGGGAAAUCUGUCACACCACAGCCAGUUAGCUUUUCUUGAAUAAUGUCAGAACAAGUCAAUAGGUUACAGAUACAUUGUGACCCAAAGUUUGAUUUAUAGUUAUAAAGCAGACCAUUGUUUCAUUGGCUCCUCAGGAGAAUUAUUUACAAGAGAAUUUAUAAUUGAUUUGCUAAGCUGACUGACCAGUGCUGAUGUGAAGAGAAGAUCUAUGAAACCGUAGCAGUUGGUCGUUUUGAACUGAAGAGUUCAUCUGGUUCAGCGGGCGAAGUUUCAGUUGUGUCAAAGCCCGCUUGUAUUCGCUUGGAGAGAUCAACUGUCGUUCUUGUGUGGACUCCUGUUGAGCCAUGAAGCCUUUCCCCAAUCAAUCACUAUUUGAGCUUUAAAGAAAUACACGUAUAUAGAUCUGCCUCAUGGAAGCAAGUAUAUGUGGGUUGUAACCGGCAAGGAUGCUUGCUUGAAUAUAGCAGAAAAGUAGCUAUUAUUGUAAGCUCACCAGCUUUUAUAUAUUUGCCUUUUGGUAUUUGCUUGAAGUUGAGAAAUGACAGUGAAGGAAAAUAAGACUGUAAUGUUUCUAUUAGUUUAAAAGUUACUAAAACUUAAAUGCGUACAUGUGUAACAAAUGGUCAAUAUAUGUUCUUGAAUCUUAAUAACAAAGGAAGAAAACAUACUAUUGACAGAUUUGUAGUUGAGAAGAUCUUUUGUUGGUAAAAGUAGAUCGAGUGUAACACCUGGUAGCAGCGGUAACAUUUUUGUACAUUUUCCCAUAAUUCUGUUGACUGUAAAUAAGUAUAAAAACAAUGGAUUAAAAUGUGUACUGUGUCCUAGCUGAGUGUGUGAUAGUAUGGGCUUACAAUUGGAAGUACAUGUAUGUGGAGAUAACGGUAAUUAAAUGGAUGUUUAGAGAAAUAAUUUAUUCCAAAUAAUGCCUCUGACGAACUCAGCUUUUAAAAAAAGUUGUACUCAAGUUUCUCCAGAUUGGGUCCACUGACAUAGAUAUUUUGGGCAUAAUGAAUUUAUGUGCUACACAAACACUUCACAUUUUCUCCUUUAUUUGUGUUACAGCUUUUUAGCUUAUUUGAAGAAUUUUUAACAUUUUUUUGUUGUGAUAUAUUUUUUCGUCUUGUGAAGUGGCAGGAAUUUGUUGAUCUGUUUCCAACCUUAUUGAAACAGUUCAGAGGGAUUUUGAACGUCAUUGUUGGAAAGUCACGAAGUAGCACUUUAUGAGUUCCACAGAAUAAAGGUUCAUGUUGGUACAAGACUGAAAGUGUAAGAAUUUUAAAACAAGAGUUUUUUUUUGUUUUUUUUUUUACAGGUGCUCUCAUUAUGUAAUAGGCCUGAAGUGUUCACAUAUUUUCUGUUCACACGUUCUUCCUCUGAUUUUUGUUGGCAAAUUUUUUUGAAGUGGUACGGUCCAGUGCUAAAUGCCAGUUAACAACUCCACCUGUUAGUGAAACGGAAGCACAUUAAACGUGUUACCAGUCUGGCUUGUGAUUGUGCAUAAUCCUUUGAGUUGAGCAUCAGGUAAAAAAACAUGGACGUUUUGGGGGGAGAGACAGCAGAAAUGUUCUCUCUUCAGGUAUAAGAAGUUCUCGGGCCGUUUCAUUAUCGAGAAUUGUUACAAAUAAUGCAUAUGUGCAUGUCCUUUGCCAGGCUUACAACAAUGUAACUAUGUAAGUUUUCAAGUGGACUGAUUACAUGUGUGUAAAUGAAUAUGUAGCCUUAUGUUAUAACUAUGUACUUUCAGGACAAACUUAAAAACACUUGAACCACUGGAGCAUUGUUGUGAAAAGACAAUACACAAAUGGCUCCAAUGGGAGUGUAGUACAUAUGUAAAUGAAAACUAAUUUUUAAUAAUUAACUUGGUUCGUUUGUUUUGUUUUUCUUUGGCUCCAGUCAUUCAAGAGUAUUUUGUGGUCAUUACUGUACAGAGGGAUUAGGUCUGCUGUUUUAGUACCAAUGGCCUCUGGGCCAUACAGUGAUUAACAAGGUCUGAAUACUUGUAAAUUGGCACAGGUUGCUUACAGAAAUGACAGGGCUGCUAAGCGCACAAAUUUGUUUAAGCCGAGCAUGGCAUGUUGCUUCAGACUUCCUCUAAAUUGACACUUACUGAGAAACUUUUUGCGUAAGCAAAGGGAUAAGUGGAACAAAAGGGGGAGGAAAAUGUGUGUCAAAAUUGACUGAUUUAGAAUUGAAUUCUAAGUCUAUUAAAAACCUCCAAUAGGCUUUGCACAGGUACUAUCCUUGUUUAUGUCAGGUACCAAAAUCUAGCUGCAGACCGAGUAAUUUGUCAUUUGUGUUGAUUUCUGGUACCUGCCAAAUGUUGAACUGGGUGUGAAGUGGACUUGUUCACCUGUUCCAUUUUUAGCGUUUGAAAAUGUUAAAAGCAGAAAUAUUUUGCCUUACAUGAAACAGCCAUAAAACGGCUAGGAUUUUGUGAGUGGAGCGUAUUUGUCAUAUCUGGUUCCAGCAAAUUACUUGUAAACAACAUAUUUACCUAUGACCCUGAAAUCGGGUCUUGCUGACAGAUGACACCAAAAUCUUGUUUAUGUUGUUAAAAAAUAUUAAGUGGAAAAACAACACAAAAAAAUAAGUGUCUUCUGUGUUUGCCUUAUUAACUUGUGCUAGUAAGUGCUGAACGGAUGUUUUAUGUGAAAAAAAGGGUCAAUUUUAGUUCCCCAAUCAUGAAUGGAAAAAAAAGGGCAACUUAAUUGCAUGUAAACAUUUAUUAUGUUUUACUGAAUUGUUUUUUUCUGUUCAAAUAAGAAACUGUCAAUAAAAUGUACAAUGGGGGAGAAAAGUA